UGUCCGUUGAGGCGCCCUGCGGCAGAUCCACGUGAGUGCUCAGUGGACAUGGUAGCUAGUGACAACGAGGAGAUGGACUUUGCGGAACCGCAGGUAAAAGGUAAACGGAAAAAGAAGGAUAAUAAGGCUGAAUCUGCGAAGAAACAUCUCAAAGAAAAGGAUGCCGAGAUGGAGAAAUUACAGCCGACUUCAAACGGAGAUAACAACACGGAAUCUUGUUUUCCUCCAACGUUUAGCGUUUCGGACAUUAAAAAUAAACAACGCAGACACUUCAUGUUUAUGAAACUAAAGCAACAGAAGAAGAAGGAAAAAAGUGAUUUGAAGAAGAAAAGGAAAAGAGAGCGAGAAGCACUGGGCGACAAGGCACCUCCAAAGCCGAUUCCAAAAACUAUUGAAAACCAGAGAGUUUAUGAUGAAACCGUAGUCGAUCCAGAGGAUGAAGAGGUUGCUUUAGAUGAAGGGACAGAUGAAUUUUCAUCUUAUUUUAACCGUCUUACAAACCCCAAGAUCUUAAUUACAACAUCAGACAGACCCAGAGGGAGGACAGUGAGAUUUUGUGAACAGCUGGCCACAGUAAUUCCAGACUCCCAUGUGUACUACAGAAGAGGUUUGGCGUUGAAGAAAAUUAUUCCACAGUGUGUUGCCAGAGACUUUACAUAUCUAAUUGUUGUUAAUGAGGACCGAAAAGUACCCAAUGGUUUAGUACUUUGUCAUCUUCCUAAUGGACCAACAGCUCACUUUAAAGUGAGUAAUGUUCGUCUCCGCAAAGAAAUGAAGCGAAGAGGCAAAGACCCAAGUGAACAUCUUCCUGAAGUUAUUCUCAAUAACUUCACCACACGACUUGGCCAUUCAAUUGGUCGAAUGUUUGCCUCUCUGUUUCCUCAUGACCCAAAUUUUAUUGGACGGCAAGUGGCAACAUUCCACAACCAGCGAGAUUACAUCUUUUUUAGAUUUCACAGAUAUAUCUUUAAAAAUGAAAAGAGAGUAGGUCUUCAGGAACUUGGACCUCGAUUUACACUGAAACUUAGAUCUCUUCAAAAAGGAACGUUUGACUCAAAGUUUGGUGAAUAUGAAUGGGUGCACAAGCGCCAUGAAAUGGACAGUUGUAGAAGAAAGUUUCAUUUGUAAAAAGUAUUUUUGUGAACCAAGAAAAUUUAAAGACAGACCUGAAGUUCUUGCAAUUGGAGGAAUAAAAUCUACUGCAACCUUACCCUUUUUUGGGUGCAUCUUUAGUGCCUACAUGUUGAAUUUGUUAUAUGACUGACAAGUAAUAAGGCUCAACUGUGUGUUCUGCAGUGGCAGAAAUCUGCUUUAUUGGUAAAGUUUGCACCACAAGAGAAAAUGUUUAACAACUGCACCUUCCAAAAGGUAUCUUGACAGCUUUUUAUGUAAACUAUAACCCAUUGUGUACAUUUUAAUAUCUAUUUAUUACAAGUGUUUUCAGAGUAAAUACUUAAUCAUGAUUUUUUUUAAAUAUAUAUUGUUUAAUAAAUGAACCCAGUGUAUGCUCAGGAUGGCUGUUUAAUGUCUAAUUUUAGACAUAAUAAAAACAUUUCUGAUCUGUAAAAAAAAAAUACAUUAACUUCUAUUGUUACUGUAGCCCUUUGCCAUGCCGUAUGGCAAUUGGUGAGAGGAGACUCUUUUACUGAAAUCUUGAAAACUUACAGGCAGUCUGGCAACCAGCAUAGGGACACGAAACAAAUGAGUGUACUUGGUAGUUUCAACGAAAGUUCAUUGCUUUCAGAUUUUCCAUGUUGGUGCUGAGGAAACCAAACUAUCGAUUUCAAACUGUAAACACACUUCAUAAUUGUUCCGCAAAAUUUAAAAUAAGUAAAUACAAUAUCAGUUUUGAAAGUUUUUUUUUUUUUAUUAAACACAUUUUAGUGAUUCAUAUUUGCAUCCAGUAAUUUUAAAAACAGCCUUUUUGUAAAAUUUGUAUAUAAAAUACAUCAGGACAGAAUGGCAUCUAAUUACAGGAAACAGUUUACAAAUUGAAUUAUCCUAAAUAUUACAUAACAUCUAAAGGAAAUGUUUAGAACAGCACCUUUGAGUAAAUAUAGUCGCUGUGUAUUUAGCAUUUUUUUUUUGUAAAACCACAAUAUAAGGAAUGUCUUCAGUUAAAUGGCAUUUAUUUUAGAGAUAUUUAUUUUCAAGAACAUUAAAAAAAAAUAAACAGUAUUCAUAUGAUUGUGGUCUUCAUCAACUGUGAACGUGAACACACAUUCCUUAGCAUGCAUAGACAA